AUGUGCCUAGAAACAGGAUUUUUUUCCUUUUUUUACAGUAAGAGAUCUGUCAAUGUGGUAGUAUUCGGUCAGUGUGCCAAUGAAAUAUUUAGAGCCAAAGGGGAAGACUUACAACCACCUAUUGUUGUGCUCCUUCGUUUUGCAAGAAUCAACAGGGGAAAAGGUUUCGGACAUUUAACUAAUCAGUUUGAGGGGACCAAGGUAGUUUUCAAUCCUGACCUCCCUGAGACCAAGAAACUACUUGAUAGUCUUGAAGAUAAUCCAGUUGCAAGUCAAAGUUUAUCCCAGGUAUCAAGCUGUGUCAUUGCAACUGCUACAAAUGAGUCACUCUUAAGUUUCCCUUGCAGGAUUAAUAUAGCUCAGAUAAUGAACUUCACUGAGCCAUGUGAGGUUGUCACUAAGUUGGUCAUUAAGAAGCUUGAAACAGCAUAUGGUUGGAAUUACGAUGGAUGUCCAUGUGAUAAAAAACCAUUCUAUGUCAAUGGGAAACUUAAGUGUAGCGCAUGCAACACAGAAGUCAAGAUGACUGAACCCAAGUUCAAAGUUCAUUACAAAGCAAGGGAUUCCAUUGGUAAAUGUUCAAUCAUUUUUUUCAAUCGCUUAGCUUCUCAGUUAUUGAACUGUGUUGCUGCCGACCUCAAGGAUCAAAUGAUUAAGAUGGGCAAGCCUAUGGGAUUUCCUGAAGAGCUGUCCGAUUGCAUAGGGAAGGAAGUCCUGGUCAAACUACUUCUUUAG